CCGGGGGUGAAUUUGGGGAAUUUUGGGGAUUUUGGGGGUCCCGGGGGUCCCCCAAACCCCCCCUGACCCCUCCGUGCCCCUCCCCCAGCUGCGGGACCCCCAAUGGCCGCUGGAGACCCCGGCCGGGCCCGGCCCCGGAGCAGCCCCGGGACCCCCCGGGACCCCCAGCAGGACCUGGUGUGGGCGCUGCGGGGGGCCCUGGGGCGGCUGCGGCUGCGGGGGGGAGGAGGCGCAGAGAGUGACGGGCGUCUACCUGGGACUGCGGGGGGCGCUGCAGGAGGAGGCGGGGCUCGCGCGCUCCCUGCUGGGCGGGGCCGAGGCGGAGCUCCUGCGCAUGCGCGCGAGGCUGCGGCGGCUGCGGGGCCGCGGGGGGGCGGGGCGGGGGGCGGGGCCCGGCAGGUCCGGGGGUCCCGGCGCGCGGGGGGGGCGAGAGCGCGGGAACGGCGGGAGCCGGAGUGGCCGCAGUGGGGGGAGGGGGCAGGGGGAGCCCCCCCCAUCCCCCCCCCUCCCCCCUCCGCCGGGGGGGACCCCGAGGAGACCCCGGGGACCCCCCCAGGGACCCCCCCAGGGACCCCCCCGGGGGGGGGCAGCGAGCGAGGCCCCGCCCCCGGCCACGCCCACCCGAGCGCGGACCCAGUGUCACCUGUCACACCUGAGUGA